AUGCUUGAUGUGAUUAGUUCCCAUAAUGAAAUCCUCCAAACAAGUUCACGAGGUACAAAGCGAAAAUUUAAUGAGAAUUCUGCUGCUUUAUGGCACAAGCGGUUAGGACAUAUCUCCAAACAGAGAAUUCAGAGGCUUGUGUCUGAUGGAAUUCUUGAACCCUUAGAUUUAGCAGAUUUUGAAGUCUGCAUUGAGUGCAUUAAGGGUAAGAGAACAAACAUUAAGAAAUUGGGUGCCAAUAGAGCUCAAGACGUCUUAGAACUCAUUCAUACUGAUAUAUGUGGUCCAUUCCCUACAGCAUCUUGGAACGGUCACAAAUAUUUUAUCACGUUCAUAGACGAUUACUCUAGAUAUGGUUACCUCUUUCUGAUAAAUGAGAAGUCGCAAUCCUUGGAUGUUUUCAAGUCUUUUAAGGCUGAAGUUGAACUUCAACUUGGAAAGAAAAUUAAGGCUGUCAGAUCGGACUGUGGUGGAGAAUACUAUGGUCGAUAUGAUGGAUCCGGAGAACAACGUCCAGGACCCUUCGCGCUUUACCUCAAAGAGUGUGGGAUUGUGCCUCAAUACACCAUUCCAGGAACACCUAGCAUGAAUGGCGUUGCAGAAAGGCGCAAUCGUACUCUUAAAGACAUGGUAAGAAGUAUGCUUAGUCAUUCUUCCUUACCGGAGUCACUUUGGGGGGAAGCUCUAAAGACUGCUGUAUACAUCCUUAAUAGGGUACCAAGCAAAGUAGUAACUAAAACCCCUUAUGAGCUAUGGACAGGCAAAAAGCCUAUCAUUAGGCACUUGCACAUUUGGGGUUGUCCAGCUGAGGCAAGGCCUUAUAAGCCACAUGAAGGAAAGCUGGACUCAAAGACUGUAAGUUGCUACUUUCUUGGUUAUCCGCAGUACUCUCGAGGCUACAAAUUUUACAAUCCCACCUCACGAUCAUUCUUUGAAACGGGGAAUGCGAGAUUCCUUGAGGAUAUUGAGUUUUGGGGGGAAGGAAACAUAAGGAAUGUUGUCUUUGAGGAAGAACAAGUCAUUGAUAGUGAUCAGGUUAUCAUACCUAUCACUAGUCCUGACAUAGUUAUGGAACAAGACAACAAUGAAAUUCCUCCUCCUGUACCACCAGUGGAACAAAAUCAACAUCCUCAAGAAGUGCCACUUAGGAGAUCCACUAGAGAAAGAAGAAGUGCGAUUCCGGAUGAUUAUGUCGUCUUUCUUCAAGAACAUGAGGAUGGCAUAGGCUUAAUGGAGGAUGAUCCUAUCAACCUCGCUCAAGCCAUGCGUAGUUCUAACUUUGAACAGUGGAAUAGUGCCAUGAAAGAAGAGAUGAAGUCCAUGUAUGACAAUGACGUUUGGGAUGUCGUUGAAUGCCCUGAACGAGUAGUUCCGGUUGGUAAUAAAUGGAUAUUUAAAACCAAAAGGGACUCUAAGGGUAAGAUUGAGAGAUUUAGAUCACGUCUAGUCGCUCAGGGCUUUACUCAAAAGGAAGGCAUUGACUACAAAGAGACUUUCUCUCCAGUGUCUGCGAAAGACUCUUUUAGGACAAUAAUGGCACUAGUGGCUCAUUUUGAUUUGGAGCUACAUCAGAUGGACGUGAAGACUGUGUUUCUCAAUGGAGACAUUGAUGAGACGAUUUAUAUGGUUCAGCCACAAAACUUUGUUGUGGGAGAUCCAAAGAAAAUGGUCUGUAAACUUAAGAAGUCCAUCUAUGGUCUCAAACAAGCUUCCCGUCAAUGGUAUCACAAAUUUCACAAAGUUAUUAGCUCAUAUGGUUUUGAGACUAAUCUUGUUGAUGAUUGUGUAUAUCACAAGUUCAGUGGGAGUAAGUUUAUUUUCCUGGUGUUAUAUGUUGAUGACAUUCUACUCGCUAGUAGUGAUAUAGGCUUACUGCACGAAACCAAGAAAUUUCUAACAAAGAAUUUUGAAAUGAAAGAUCUUGGUGACGCCUCUUUUGUAUUGGGUAUUGAGAUACUGAGAGAUCGCUCUCGAGGUAUUCUCAAAUUAUCACAAAAGAGCUAUAUCAAUAAUGUUUUGAGUAGAUUCAACAUGAAAGAUUGUAACCCAGCAAAUACACCAGUAGCCAAAGGAGACAAGUUCAAUCUCGCUCAAUGCCCUACAAACAAUCUAGAAAGAGCGGAAAUGCAGAAGAUUCCUUAUUCAUCUGCAAUAGGGAGUCUUAUGUAUGCUCAAGUUUGUACUCGUCCCGAUAUAGCUUUCAUAGUGGGAGUACUGGGAAGAUACUCAAAGGAUCCAGGCAUGGAUCAUUGGAAGGCAGUCAAGCGUGUGAUGCGCUAUUUAAAGAGAACAAGGGAUUACAUGCUUACUUAUCAGAGAUCAGAUAGUCUGGAGGUCAUUGGGUAUUCUGACUCUAAUUUUGCUGGAUGCCAAGAUAGCAUGCGCUCUAUAUUUGGCUAUAUCUUCAUGUUGGCUGGAGGGGCUAUUUCUUGGAGGUCUGCUAAGCAGCGUCUUAUAGCUCCUUCCACCAUGGGAGCAGAGUUUAUAGCUUGUUAUGAGGCAUCUGAUCAUGGAUUGUGGCUGCGAAAUUUUGUCACGGGGCCGCGUGUGGUAAACAACAUUGAGAGGCCAUUGAAGAUUUAUUGUGACAAUAAUGCAACAGUGUUGUACUCUAAUAACAACAGGAGUUCGACAAAGUCAAAGUUUAUCGAUAUCAAGUACCUGGUUGUUAAGGAGAGGGUUCAAAAUAGACAGAUUUCUAUAGAACAUAUUAGGACAGAGUCUAUGCUAGCUGGCCCAUUAACCAAAGGAUUACCGCCUACUGCAUUUUAUGAGCACACUGCUCAUAUGAGCGUUAUUCUGGAUGAUACUUUGGUUUAG